CUUCCUGGGCAGAUGGGGAGCAGAGUGCAGGCCUGCCCCCUCCCCUGUGUCGCUGUGGCCUGCCUGGGCUCCAAGCCCUUGGCGGAGGGGAGGGGAGCUGAGCGCCCGGAAGGGGGGCCCUCACGGCUCCAUCCCCUUCAGCACUGCCUGCCUGCCCUGCUCUGCCGGCUCCCCUGCCAGGGCGUUGGCCCCCGGACCUGGCCUGCUCGUUGCCGCCAGGUAGGCCGGGGGGGGGGGUGCACCACUCCUGCUGAGCGCCUGGUGGGGUUGCGCCCGGCAGGCCGUGCUGCCUGGUCUUGCCGUUCCGGCUGCCUGGCGGGGUAGGCAGGUCUGGGCUGCUGAGGCACCCCGCUGGGGCUGGGAGAGUUGCGCUCGGAUGGCAAGCGGCGGCCCCUUCACAGUCGCCUCUGCAGACCUGCUUUUGUGCCCACCUUUGGCUUGUCCUCCUUGCAAUCCCAGCGCUCAGCUCUGCUCGGAGGCCGCGUCACAAGCCCCCCCAAGCCUCCUCCGCGUGAGACAUGGGCCCAUUGGCUGCUGCCUGAUGCCACCGGCCUCCCAUCUUGCCCCAGAAGUCGGCAUUGCCCCCUCCCUGCUUUCUGGAAUUUGAGGCGCAGAGCUAACCAGCCGCAUCUGGCAGGCAGAUUGUGUCCGCCGAUUAAGCUUCUCCUGUGCAUUCCUCUUUCUGAUCGGGAGGCAGGAGAAUGACCCUGCGCCGCUGGGAUGGAAGAGAGCCUGGCACCGGGCGCUCUAGUGAGGGCUUGGGCAGAAGGGGCAGAGUUGCUAGGCAGUGGCUGCUUGAGGGGCCCGGGGGGGGCUGUGGCGUGGGGCAGCGGCGGGUCCUCUUUGAGUCUGGCCGCCGUGGGGCCCUUGGAGCCCUUCCCAGCCGCGGAGAGGACUUGGCGUGUGCGAGGCAGAGACCGGAGCUCUGGGCUUCUGCCCUGGCCCUGCAGAGGCGGCUGCUGCUCUGGCCACGGGGCUGCUUCACACACACACACACCCCGGAUCGGGCGGCUCGGUCAAGGGUGGGAGCUGCGCUGCUGUCGUCCAGCGUUGUGUGGACGAGCAGGCGAUGGGCCGGCCCCCCGAGGCUCCCUCUCCUGGAUCCAGCCUCAGGCCAGCCCUGCAGUUUGCACCUGCUUGCCCGGCCUGGGGAGGAGGGCUGGAGAGGGUGUCGCACGGCCCCGGUGGCUGCAGGAGGAGGAAGUGGCUGUUUCUCAGCAGGAAGGGAUCAGCCCCGAGGGACCGCCGUCUCCGCUGCUGCUGCCGCUCCUCCUCCUCCUCCUCCUCGGCAGGGCCCUGGGGCAGCCCAGAGCCCUGGGGACGGGCCUGUUUGUUCUGAUGCAGGACGCAGAGGCGGGAGCAGCUAGGCGUCUCCUCCAAGAGGCUGUGUGAAGGGGCGCCUGAGCCUUCGUGCCCGCAGGGAUUUAGAAGAGGUGGUCCCCGUUGGCUGAGUUUGCUGCUGCUGCUGCUGCUUCCCUGGGCCAGCCUUGGAGUGUCCUGGGGAGAAGGGGGCAGAGCACACGCUGAGGGGCCCCGCUAGCCCAGACCCCUUACCCCUCUGGACAGAACGCAGCCCCCACCACGCUGGUCUACCCGCAAGCCCCGCAGACGAUGAGCACGCAGCCCCAGACCCGCUCUCCGCCCAGCAGAGCAGUGCCAGCAGCACGUUGCACGGACUCCUGGCAGCGGAGGAAGGUUGUGGAGCAGAGUCCGGUUUACAGGUCCUUGGCGGGAAGAGGCUGGAUAAAAUACUGCAUUUUUGCCGCGGGGCCUCGACCUGCCCAUCACCAGGGAGGAUUCCGGCCCAUCCAGUUUUUCCAGAGGCCUCAGAUCCAGCCUCCGCGAGCGACGCUCCAGAACAGCAGCCCUUCCCUCCGUCCUGGUGCGCAGACGCCAACCGCUGUCUAUCAAACCAAUCAGCACAUCAUGAUGGUGAACCAUCUCCCCAUGCCGUACCCCAUGCCUCAGGGCCCCCAGUACUGUAUACCGCAGUAUCGCCACAGCGGCCCUCCUUACGUUGGGCCCCCACAACAAUAUCCGGUUCAGCCGCCAGGGCCUGGCCCGUUUUAUCCAGGACCGGGGCCUGGAGAGUUCCCCAAUGCCUACGGAGCCCCCUUCUACCCCAGUCAGCCGGUCUAUCCGUCAGCACCCAUCAUAGUGCCUACGGCGCCGCAGCAGCAGCAGCCGCCGCCGCCGCUCCCACCAGCCAAGCGUGAGAAGAAGACGAUCCGCAUCCGGGACCCCAACCAAGGGGGCAAAGACAUAACGGAGGAAAUUAUGUCUGGUGGAGGGAGCAGGAACCCCACUCCGCCCACCGUCCGGCCCACGCCGACCCCCACGCCGCCCCAGCUGCCCAGCCAGGUCCCAGAGCACAGCCCUGUGGUCUAUGGGGCUGUGGAGAGCUCUCCUCUCGCCCUUGCUGCCGCCCCCAGCAGCAGCAGCAGCAGCAGCAGCAGCGCCCCCGUCACUGUGACGAGCGACCUGAAGCAGCCAGAAGAGAAGCCUCCGGAAGAGCCGGCCGAGAGACCUCCUUCGCCUGCCCCCCGAGCAGAGCCCAGCGGAGAGCGGCCCCCUUCCCCAGAGCCCUCCUUGGAGCUGCCUCUCGCUCCCUUGCCCUGCCCGGCCGCGGCUGCCACCGCCACGCCUCCUCCCGGGAAGCCAGCGCUGGCAGCAGACUCUGAGGAGGGGUGUGAAGCGGGGGCCACCCUGCCGGAGGAGGCCCCCUCGCCCCCCAGCACCGCUGCGCCCUGCAUGGAGCCGCCCCAUUGCCCCGCGGAGGAGGAGGAGGAGGCGGCCGAGGUGUGCAGGGAGCCCCUGCGGAUGGGCCCCAGGGACCCCCCCACGACUGCUGCUACUCCUCUUGUGCACGAACUCAAUGGAGUGGCGGAGAGGGUCCCUGUGACUGCCAGCGAAGAGGUCUUGCCCUCCUUGGCUGCCCGGCUGGAGAGCCCGGAAGCCUCCCUGGCCCAAGUGGAUGCUGCUUCCGCUCCGUUGCCGCCGCCGGCGCCGCUGCCGCCUCCUCCCAACCCUCCCCUUCCGGUUGCUGCCGUGAGCGCUGCCACCCCUCCGCCGCCCUCGCCGCCGCUGCCGCCGCCGCCGCCCUCGCCGCCUUCUCCUCUCGCGCUCGCUGGUGCCCUCCCUGCUCUUCAGGAGGCGUUAGGUGGCCAGGAGCCCACGAGAACUGCCCUCCGCGAAGAGGCCCACGAACCGCUGGAGGGGGACGAGCUGGAGGUGGACGGGCAGCCCGAGGAGAGCGCGGAGGAGGCUCCGGGCUGGAACUCCAGGAAGGGCCCCGGACCCGCCCACACAGUUGUAACUGCACCAAAGACGUGGAAGAAGCCAAAAGAUCGGAGCCAACCCACCGAGGAGGGGGUGGAAGCUGAGCCCGAGCCGAAAGCAGAAGAGGAGCUUCGAGGUGACCGAAUACUUGAAUCGGAGCGAGAGGCGAUGAGCCACGGGGCCUGCCCCGGGAGGGACUCCCCCGCUGACCUCCGAGCGGUGCCGGCCGCGGAAGAGAAUGGCCAGCAGGAAGGGGAGCCCAUCGGGAACGGUGCCGAGAGCGUUUCCGAGGGCGAAGGCGGGGAUGGGCCUCCAGGCUGCCCAGAGAGUCCCAGUGAAGCCCCAGCCUGCCAGUAUAAGCCAGAGCCCUGGAAGCCCCUGGACUCGGAAGGGAAGAAGCAGUACGGCCGGGAGUUCCUGCUGGAUUUCCAGUUCAUGCCUGCCUGCAUCCAGAAGCCGGAGGGGCUGCCGCCCAUCAGCGAUGUGGUCCUGGACAAGAUCAACCAGCCGAAGCUGCCUCAUCGAGCGCUGGACCCUCGGAUAUUGGCACGGGGUCCAGAUUUCACGCCAGCCUUUGCGGAUUUUGGAAGGCCCAUCUCCAGCGGGCGGGGGGCAGCUGUCUGCAAAGUGCAGCCCCCCCCGGGACUCCAGUCGCUGGCUCGGUGUGGCACCCCGGCGUGCCCUUUGUUGGUCCCGUCUCACCCGUCGAGGAACCUGCAGAUAGGGCUGCUGAACGUUGGAGCGCGGAGAUCUCAGCCAGGCCAGAGGCGGGAGCCCCGGAAGAUCAUCACCGUUUGCGUCAAAGAGGACGUCCAUCUCAAGAAGGCCGAGAACGCCUGGAAGCCGAGCCUGAAGCGUGACUCGCAAGCCGAGGAGCCGGAGAACAUCAAGACCCAGGAGCUGUUUCGCAAGGUCCGGAGCAUCUUGAACAAGCUGACGCCGCAGAUGUUCAACCAGCUGAUGAAGCAAGUGACCGACCUGACGGUGGACACCGAGGAGAGGCUGAAGGGGGUCAUCGACCUGGUCUUUGAGAAGGCCAUUGACGAGCCCAGCUUCUCCGUGGCCUAUGCAAACAUGUGCAGGUGUCUUGUCACGCUGAAAGUGCCCAUGGCAGACAAGCCCGGGAGCACCGUCAACUUCCGCAAGUUGCUACUGAAUCGUUGCCAGAAAGAAUUUGAAAAGGACAAGGCCGAUGACGAUGUCUUUGAGAAGAAGCAGAAAGAACUGGAAGCAGCCUCACUGCCGGAGGAGAGGACGCGGCUUCACGACGAGCUGGAAGAGGCCAAGGACAAGGCCCGGCGGCGCUCGAUCGGCAACAUCAAGUUCAUUGGGGAGCUCUUCAAGCUGAAGAUGCUGACCGAGGCCAUCAUGCACGAUUGCGUGGUGAAGCUGCUGAAGAACCACGACGAGGAGUCCUUGGAGUGCCUCUGCCGCCUCUUGACCACCAUCGGCAAAGACUUGGACUUUGAGAAAGCCAAGCCUCGGAUGGACCAGUAUUUCAAUCAGAUGGAGAAGAUUGUGAAAGAGAGGAAAACCUCCUCUAGAAUCCGGUUUAUGCUUCAAGAUGUCAUAGACCUCAGGCAGUGUAACUGGGUCUCGCGGAGGGCGGAUCAAGGCCCCAAGACGAUAGAGCAGAUCCACAAAGAAGCAAAAAUUGAAGAGCAGGAGGAGCAGCGGAAAGUCCAGCAACUGAUGACCAAAGAGAAGAGGAGGCCGGGUGUCCAGAGGGUAGAAGAAGGUGGCUGGAACACGGUCCAGGGGGCCAAGAACAGCCGUGUGCUGGACCCCACCAAGUUCCUUAAGAUCACCAAGCCCACGAUCGAUGAGAAGAUCCAGCUUGUGCCUAAAGCCCAGUUAGGCAGCUGGGGGAAGGGCAGCAGUGGCGGCGCCAAAGUCAGUGAGAUUGAUUCCUUACGACCAAGUGCCACUAGUUUGAACCGCUUCUCUGCACUGCAGCCUCCCGUGUCGUCCGUGUCUGCCUCGGCCACCUCCUCCGAGCUGGACCCUCGCAGGGCCUUAACGAGUCGGGGGAGCACAGGCCGGGAGAAGAACGACAAGCUGCUGCCCUCUUCCCUGUCCCGGCCCAACACCUUCCUGCGGGCCGGCGGCGGCGGCAAAGAGCUGCUGCUCUUGGACAACCAGGCCCAGGAGGAACAGCGCCGCGAGAUGCUUGAGACGGUGAAGCAGCUCACGGGCGGCCUGGAGAGUGAGCGGAACAGCCUGGAGACGGAGAGGGCCAGAGCCAAGGAGACGGCCAAGCCUGAAAUCUCCCCGUUACCUGGCCAAGAAAAGUCUGCAUUGUCAGAAGAGGAGCUGGAGAGGAAGUGCAAGUCGAUCAUUGAUGAAUUCUUGCACAUUAAUGACUACAAAGAAGCAAUGCAGUGCGUGGAGGAGCUGACCGUGCCGGGCGUCCUGCCCGUCUUUGUGCAAGUGGGAGUGGAGUCCACCCUGGAGAGGAGCCAGAUCACCAGAGACCACAUGGGCCAGUUGCUGUACCAGCUGGUGCAGUCGGAGCAGCUGAGCAAGCAGGACUUCUUCAAGGGCUUUGCUGACACCCUGGAGAUGGCGGACGACAUGGCGAUCGAUAUCCCCCACAUCUGGCUGUACCUGGCUGAGCUGGUGACGCCCGUCUUGAAAGAAGGAGGGAUCUCUCUGGGAGAACUGCUGGUAGAAUUUAGCAAGCCGUUGCUUUCUGUGGGAAGAGCUGGCAUCUUGCUUUCCGAAAUCCUGCACCUUCUAUGCAAACAAGUGAGCCAUAAGAAAGUGGCAGCCUUAUGGAGGGAGGCUGGCCUCAGUUGGAAAGACUUCUUGCCCGAAGGGGAGGACGUCCACACCUUUCUCACGGAGCAGAAGUUGGACUUCACCGAGACGGACAGUUCCAGUUCCUCAGAAGCACUUUCAAAGAAAGACCUCUCUGCUGAAGAGCUGAACAAGCAGCUGGAGACACUCAUUAAGGAGGAGAAGGCGAAUGACGAGCAGAUCUUUGACUGGGUGGAGGCUAAUCUAGACGAGAGCCAGAUGAGUUCACCUACAUUCCUUAGAGCUUUAAUGACAGCAGUUUGUAAAGCAGCAAUUAUAGUGGAUAGUUCAAGUUGGCGAGUGGACACGGCUGUCAUCAAGCAGAGAGUGCCGAUCUUACUUAAGUACCUAGACUCGGACACCGAGAAGGAACUACAAGCACUUUACGCACUACAAGCAUCAAUAGUAAAACUUGAUCAGCCUCCGAAUUUGUUACGGAUGUUUUUUGAUUGCCUGUACGAUGAGGAGGUGAUUUCGGAGGAUGCCUUCUACAAAUGGGAAAGCAGCAAAGACCCCGCAGAGCAGAACGGGAAGGGCGUCGCACUCAAGUCGGUCACGGCGUUCUUCACGUGGCUACGAGAAGCUGAAGAGGAGUCAGAGGAUAAUUAAAAACUGAAUACAAAAAAACAAUUUAAGUAUUUUUUUUAAAAAACAAAGUUUCACGUCUUCGCCAAUCACCGUGCAGCAAGGCCAAUUCUCGCGCAGAAGCCCCACCCACCCUUUCCCCACAGGUGCACGAGUGGGGGAGGAAACAAAAUAGAUGUAAACGCAAACGGCGAUCAUGGAGGACAGAACAUACUUGAGAAUUCAAGUCCACUUCAGACCUGAGCGCAGGAGCACUAAACCAAAAUACAUCUAUUAUUUAUAGAAAAUAUUUUCUGUUUUAAUCUUUUUUUUCCUUUUUAAACAAGGAUUCAUACUUUUAAAAGAAACAAAUCUCUUUAGGGGAAAAAGUGAGAACUUUAAUUUAUUAUUUUAAGGACUGCAAAUGUCAGUGUAAUUUUUAAAUUUGCAGUUUCUGUAACAAAUUGUAUGAUAGACAACAACAAACGCAGAGAAAUAAAUUUCCCUCCCCUUCAGAUCCACCUCAGUUUUGUUUCAAAGCACGGUAACUAUGUCAUGAAUUCUCAAGGGGAUCGGGAAUGAGCAGGACGAGCGGGAUGAACUUUUUAAAAACGGUCACCAGAUCUUUCUGCCUGCCUCUCAGCUUGCUUCCAAAAUUUAAAAAGAAAAUAAGUAACAAAGCGUAACCGUGGAACCGCGUUUGAGAAGACGGCUGUGGACCAGACUGCUUGGAGACUGACUCGUUGGUUCAGUGCAAAACAGCACUAUCCCAGGAGGAGGAGGAGGAGGAGGAAGCCUAGUGAUACUUUCAGAACCUUUAGAGCAACUUUAAGGCUUGUAAAUACAUAGAACAAAUAUUUAAAAAAAGAAAUUGACUCGAUACUAUUUCUUUUCACUUUCAAAAUAUAAAGAACAAAAUAAAGACAAACCUUGCAAGUUUAAAAGAA